CGACUUAAAGGGCCGACCCCUACCCAAUGUGGAUGCGGGUGUGACCAGCGCCUCAUCCAAUCGAAGAAGACAGUCAAUGGCAUCCAUGUUAGUGGGCCCAUCGCCCUCCCUCAUAUUCAUACAUGGCGAUUGACGAUAAAGUCGCUCCUGACCACCAUCAUCGCAUGUGCCCACUGGGCCCUCGCUGCUCUCACCGAGUCUACCCGCCCCGAAUCCACCUCUCCACCCAAUUAUGAUUUUUUCUUUCUUUUUAGUUUUUUUCGUCUGUGUAUGAUGUUUCGGAUCGGGUCAAUCUUGUGGGAGUGGAUACAGUAUCCAAACGCGCGGGUCUCGAUGCUGCCACCUGGAGUCCAGAUGCGAACCGCAGUCGGCUACAAAAGGCGCGACCCACCUCACCCUCCACCCUUUCUCUGUCUCUCUGCGCUCGCUAAGCAUUCUGCACCCUAACCUCGUCUCUCGGCCUCCUAUCUGAGGCGAGUGCUCUCUCUCCUCUGCUAUGGCCUCAACCACCCAAGCAUGCCUUCUCCUUCAAAAGCAGCUCAGAGAUCUUUGCAAAAGACCGGUGGACGGCUUCUCGGCAGGGCUGGUUGAUGAGAGCAAUGUGUUUGAAUGGAGCGUCUCCAUUAUUGGACCUCCUGAUACCCUUUACGAUGGGGGCUUUUUCAAUGCUAUUAUGAGUUUUCCACCCAAUUAUCCCAACAGUCCUCCAUCAGUGAGGUUUACCUCGGAUAUGUGGCAUCCUAAUGUUUAUCCUGAUGGACGAGUUUGCAUAUCAAUUUUACAUCCUCCUGGUGAGGACCCAAAUGGCUAUGAGCUUGCAAGUGAGCGUUGGACACCUGUCCACACGGUUGAAAGCAUAGUUUUGAGUAUCAUAUCAAUGCUUUCAAGUCCAAAUGAUGAAUCUCCUGCAAAUAUUGAAGCUGCUAAAGAAUGGAGAGAGAAGAGAGACGAAUUCAAGAAGAAAGUCAGCCGUUGUGUGAGGAAGUCACAAGAGAUGUUAUGAUUCAUCACUACUGUCUCUGCUAGUGCCGGUAACCUCCUUGUUCGUGGGAAUUUUCAUAGUUGUAGCAAGGGAGGUCUGCCUAGUCAUCAGGUGAUGCACAAUGUUCAGAGUUUGAGGUUAUAUACCCAUCUCUCACCCUCCUCUUUUGCUUGUCAAUGGAUACAUCAAGUUGUAGCAACUAUUAUAUCCUUUUUUUUAUCAGCAGAGUUAUCUAUUAGUCAUAACUUGUGCUGGCUGUAUUGAAACAGGUUUCAUUAGCAUUUGGGCAAACUGGCUGACUUCUUGGGUUCACAAUCUGGUUUCUGAAACUUGUGAUUUCUCUUUUUUGUUGCUUGGGUCAAGUUUGGGAUUUCACCCGCUUUUCUAUUUAAGAAAUGCUAUGCCGAGCUGAUUUACAUAUUUACACUGCAUGUUUGGUAUCAAUGAAUACGCCUUUGUUUUUUCUUUC